AUGCCGCCUCGUCCACGAGUUCGGCACGCCCUCGCCCUGUCGGCACUGCUGCUCGGCACUGCCCUCGCCGCCGGCCCUCAGCACCACCUCGCGCCGACCACGUGCCUCGAGACGGCCACCGCGCUCGAGGUCAACGAGCUCUUGCGCUCUCGAGGCGAGGGCGCCGCCAUCAUCCUGUGCCCCUACGCUCAUGUGACUAUCGACUCGCACGGCCCGCCCAUCACGUUCACCGCCCCUCGCCAGUCCAUCUUCACCAAGGGCUUCCCCGACGACCAUUCUCGUGCGACGCUCGUCAUCGAGGACGCGACCCGGCACGUCUCGGGCGACACGACGACCGCCAUCGCCGCCAACUGCGCCGCCUGUCGAGGCGUCCAGAUCCGCAACAUCCACGUCGAUGGCGGGCGAGAGCACCUCGGCGCGCUCGAGGGCGGCGACGCGCUCAUUGUCGUCGGCGGCGACGCAGGCGGGCAGACGGUGCGGCGAGUCGACGCGUGGGGCGCGCGAGGGUUCGCCGUCGUGCACGCCGCCGAGGGCGACAAGGGCUCGUGUCGCGACGUCGUCGUCACCGAGAACGUCGUCCAGUCGGCCGGCGACGCGCCGUACGACGCGUUCCUCGAGUCGGAGCUCGCGAGGCUGCGAGAAGGGCCGCCGGCGUUCCUCGGGCAGGAGCGUCCGGGCACCUGGACCGACGGCAUCAGCAUCGCUUGCGCUCGCUCGAUCGUGUCGGACAACACCGUCCGCGACGUGUCGGGCGUCGGUAUCGCCCUGCGAGGUGCGCCGGCUACGACCGUCUUCCAGAACACGGUCGUCGCUCGCGACCGCGACAUGCUCGUCGGCAUCUCGAUCGUCGCCAACCCUGCUCAUCGCGAGGCGGCGUCUGAGCUCGGCGGCGUCUUCAUCCGCGGUAACCGGGUCCACGCGGCGUCGGCCAUGAUCCGCAUCGGCAUCUCGACGGGCUCGGGGCCCUGGGCGACCGACGAGCUCGAGGGCGACCACGAGAUCCCGUUCGCGAGCGAGAUUGUGCGCAACCGCCUCUCGUCGUACCACGGCUACCUCGGCUACGCGAUCGCCCUGUCGGACGCUCGUGCGCUCGUCGUCAAGGACAACGCCGUCUCCGCCUCGAUUUGGGGCAUGUCGACCUCGUCGUGCUACUCUCGACCGGCCUACAUCCCUCCCACCCCUCUCCUGCGCGACCCUCGCUCCGUCAUCGGCUCGCUCCAGCCCGGCUUCACCAACUCGCACUUUGGGUUCCUCCUGUGCGUCGGUCCGGGCUCGGCCUCGAGCUCGUUCGAGGUGAGCCGCCACCAGAUCAACGACCAGCACGCCAAGGCGUUCCACGAGGCGCUCAACGCCGCAGAGCAGGCCAUCGUCGCCGACGACGGCCGCUUGUCGUCGUCGUCGGGCACCUCGAGGAGGAAGGUCGCGCACGCGCGCCCGGCGACCAUCCCGCUCGGCGAGCUGCACCCGCACCCGAACGGCGCGCACGUCGGCGUCGUCGAGGCGCCGCACGGCCGGGCGCCGCACGAGGGCCGAGCGGUCGAGCUCUCUCGCGCGCUCGCGGCGCGCAAGGCGCACGCGCACAAGCGCCUCGUGCGCCCUGCGCCGGCGCCGGUUCAGAAGAAGCAGCGCGCCGAUGCGGCGGGGCCGUCGGCGGCUGAGCGGGAGCGCGCGGCGGCCGAGGAGGUCGUGCGAGGUGGGGCGGGAGGGAUGCAGCGCAAGCGGUUGAGGGCGCCGAGGCCGCUCAGGAGGGCGGCGGCGGGCUCGAUGCACAGGGGGGACGAGUCGGUGUUCUAGAUGGACAGGGUGGGGCGCUGGCUCGCUCUCUCUCGCUCGCGGUUUCUCUUCCUGUAUCCUCUCCCUCCCUCUCGACGACGUUCACGAUGUAGCAGCGCAACGACGAGCGUCUGAUUUUCUAAUGUGCUCUAUGACAGGUGACAAC